GCGCUGGGCUGUCACAUCGGCAGCUGCUGUCCUCUCCCUCUCCCUCGCCUCACGCUGCGCUCGCCCUAUCUGUCCCUCUCCCUCUCUCUCGUCUGCUCCUGCUCGCUGUAUCUCCCUCCCGCACAAACGCGCACACUCGCACAGAGAGAGCAGCGGUCCAAGGCAACCACAUCACAUCAGCCUCAUUGGGUCUGGGACCAUUCCCAGCGCAAUUUUCUCACGGAGGAUACCUGAUCCAGCCUUCGCCGACAGGGUUAUCGGUGUCCUUUCGCCGGUGAUGGUGUGACAGGCACAUCCUUCACGCCCCAAACUUCCCGAGGGGGAGUCACAGAGGAUUAGCUGCUGGAUGAUGCGUCAGGAGAAAGACAAGGUUCUGUUUAUCUGCUGUCCACGUGUCACCCCGAGCAACUGAGAAGGCCCAAACUGUCAGCACCAGCAACGGCACCACCGGCCCGGUGACUGCUCCACUGCCUGUCAGCGCUAAGUGAUGACUCUCAGCCUACCCCUUUAGGAAUAAGAAAAGGACAAGGCAGUCAAGUGGCUGGACUAUGAUUCUAAAAGAUGACACUGGUGUCGUUGGUUGGACAUGGCGUGUUGGGAACUACCUGCUGCUCUUCUUGUCUCUCACCAUAGUUCAAGUGCAUUCAGACCUGGAGUUUACAAAGGAUAAACACUAUUCAUGGAAAACAGGCCAGUGGGGGAGAUGUAUGGGCGUGGAGUGUGGCUCUGGCGGAGUUCAGACGAGGACGGUGUGGUGCGUCCACAGCGAGGGCUGGACCACGCACCAUUCCAACUGCCGGCACGGCGACCGGCCCGAGGGCCAGCGCCACUGCUUUAAAGUUUGCGAGUGGCACCAGGACCUCUUCGAAUGGGAGGUGUCGGAAUGGGGGCCGUGCGUCCUCGUUCCCUUCCUCUCCAACGAGCUGCGCCUGCGCGCCGUCUCCUGCAUCACGGCGCAGCACGGCAUCCAGCGGCGCCGCGUCCAGUGCGUACGCACGUCCAACCGCACCGUGGUGACGGAGCGCAUCUGCGAUUUCUUCUCCCACCGGCCGGCGCUGGAGCAGGCCUGCCUCAUCCCCUGCCCGCACGACUGCGUGGUGUCCGACUUCUCCGCCUGGUCCGGCUGCAGCAAGACCUGCGGCGUGGGGCUGCAGCACCAGACUCGCGUGGUCCUGGCCACGCCCAUGUACGGCGGGACCAACUGCCCCAACCUCACCCAAACGCGGACCUGCUCCAACCCUGUCCCUUGCCCCACGGGCGAGAAUGAGUACGAGUACAGCCUUAAGGUGGGGCCAUGGAGUGAAUGCCGGCCGCCGCAGCACAAGGGCCUCUGGCUCAGUGGCCGCACCAUGCUGGACUUCAGCGUCCCUUCGGGCUCUGAGAAGGAGAAGAAUGCGGUCAAGCGUCACAUCCAGACUGCCCUGCACCACCACCACCAACACCACCGCCACCACCACAACCCCAAAGCCUGGGACCUGGAGAUCGGCUACCAGACAAGGCAGGUCCGCUGCACCCGGAGCGACGGCAGAAACGCCAUGCUAAGUCUUUGUACACAAGACAACAGCCCUGGGACAUUUCAGUCAUGCAUAAUGCCCAAAGAUUGUGAGACGUCUGACUGGUCCCCUUGGAGCCCUUGUUCAAAAACUUGUCGGGCAUUGGACCUCUCGCCCGGCUACAGGUUUAGGACUCGCAGCAGGAUCCAAGCCCCUAUCGGCGGGGGCAAAGAGUGUCUGGCCCUCGAAGAAAAAGAAGCCUGUAACAUCAUUGGAGAUUUACUUCCUCAUUGUCCCAGGUAUGUUUGGAAAAGCACAGACUGGGGAGACUGCCGAGUCGCCCCGCUCCUGAGCCAGCAGGACAGACGGUUGCACAACGUCAGCAUUCUCUGUGGGGGAGGCGUCCAGACCAGGGAGACCUACUGCAUCCAGGUCCCGGACGACUUUGUCCCACUGCACAGGAAAGAGGUGUCACGACCAGUGAGCAGGAAGCUGUGUGCCGGAGACUUGCCUGCAGCUGUGCAGCCCUGCUCCAUCCCUUGCCCCAAGCAGUGCUCCCUUUCUGCCUGGUCAUCCUGGGGGCCCUGCGUACAUGACAACUGCAUGGAGCCUCAGGGAAAAAAAGGCUUCAGGCAGCGCAGCAGGCAGGUGUUGGCUGAGGCAGGCAGUGAGUCGGACGGCUGCCCGCACCUCUUGGAGUCCAUGCCCUGCGAGGACCCUGUGUGCUUCCAGUGGUGCGUGACCUCCGAGGGCGUCUGCAUCCCCACCGAGGGAGCCUGUGGCCCGGGCGUCGCCAACCAGACCGUCGUCUGCGUCAGCACUGAGGGCAGGCGCGUACCUGGGGAGCUGUGCUCCGACGAGCCCCCGCCUGCCCAGGUGGCCUGCGAGGGGGCCUGCGCCGGCGGCUGCGUGGUGGACUCCUGGUCGCCAUGGUCCCUGUGCUCCCACUCCUGCUCGUCCAAAACCGCCGAGGGCAGGCAGAGUCGCACGCGCACCAUCCUGGCGCUGCCCGGCGAAGGUGGGAAAGCGUGUCCGGCCGCCACUGCCUUGGAGGAGUGGAGGUCAUGCAAUGACCAUCCAUGCAUCGUGUUCUACUGGGAGGCCUCGCCCUGGGAGCCCUGUGUCGAGGACCCGUCAGCCGGCGCCAACGGAACCAGCACCAGCCAGUGGAACGGCACCGCCUCGUGUGCCACAGCGGGGACCCAGACACGCACGGUCACCUGCAUGAAAAUGAACGUGGGACCAGUGAUCCCUAAGAGGUGUCCAGACUCUGCCCGUCCCGACACUGUCCAGCCCUGUCUGCUACCCUGUAAGACGGACUGCAGGGUGACUCCCUUCAGUGAAUGGACAGCCUGUCCUUCAACUUGUCUGCCAGUCAAUGCUAGCAUACCUACACAGUCACGAUACAGGACCACAAUCCAGAGGUCAGCCAAUGGUGGACAAGAGUGUCCUGACACUCUGUAUGAAGAGAGGGAAUGCGAGGCUCUGCCUGUUUGUCCAUCCUUCAGAUGGAGGACGCAUAAGUGGCACCCUUGUACUCUGGUACCAGAUGCUGUCAGACAGGGGAUAACAGGACCAGGAGAAGCAUGCGGGAAAGGGCUUGAAGUGCGAGGGGUGAGCUGUGUGGGUGAGGACGAGGAGCCGGCGGCCAUCGGCGACUGCCUGCUCUGGGCCGGCGCCAUGCCCCAGCGCUUCAGGCCCUGCUGGGAGCCCUGCAAGGACGACUGUGCCUUCAGCGCCUGGUCCAAGUUCUCCGAGUGCACGGGCUGCGGUGGCAUGCGCAGCCGUAAGCGCUCCCUCACCGGCCGGAGUAGGAAGAGGCCCCGCUGCCAGAGAGAGGACCUCUACCCGCUGGCCGAGACCGAGGAGUGCCCCUGCGACGCCCUCUUGUCGCAGCCCUACGGCAAUUGGUCGUCCUGCAUCCUGCCGGAGAUGGCGACAGCCGGCUCCCGUCACGGCUGGCAGGCCCGCCGCGACGCCAAGGAGUGUGGCCAGGGCCUCCGCUUCCGAGCCGUGGCCUGCAUGGAUCAGAGCGACCACCUGGUCAGCCCGGAUCUGUGCAGCGAGUCAGGCUUCGUGGAGGAGGUGUGCCACAUCCCGUGCCCGCUGGACUGCAAGCUCAGCGACUGGUCGCCCUGGUCCCCCUGCAGCACCUCCUGCGGCAGCGGGCUGAAGGUCAGGUCCAAGUGGCUACGGGAGAAGCCCUUCAACGGCGGCCGGCCUUGCCCCAAGCUGGACCUGAAGAAUCAGGCUCAGGUGUAUGAGGCUGUGCCGUGUCACAGCGAGUGCAGUGACUACGUGUGGAUCACCGAGGCCUGGUCAGUCUGCACCAUCAACGCCGUGGACGAGCUCCCAGCCUGCGGAGAGGGGGUGCAAAGCCGCAAGAUCAGAUGUGUGGAGAGCGGGAGCGAAGGCUACGGCACCAGCGUGAACGACACCCUGUGCGAUGCGGAGGAGAUGCCCUUCCGAGCGCGGACCUGCAUCCUGCCCUGCGCGGGCGAAUGCGUGAUGUCACACUGGGGCCCGUGGAGCGAGUGCCCCACGCCAUGUGACCAGGACACAAUGAGGAAGAGGACGAGGCACAUACUUCGUCCUCCUGUGUCCGACCAGACAUGCCCGGAGGAUGAGCAGACCGAGCCAUGUGUCCUCAAUGCCACAUGUUUCACCUACCAAUACAACGUCUCAAACUGGAGUACAUGUCAGCUGAGUGAGAAUGCCGUCUGUGGCAAAGGCACCAGGACCCGCUUCCAAGACUGCGUCCGCAGCGACGGGAAGACAGUGGAGCUGAGUGUGUGCGAGGAGCGAGGCCUGGAGAAUGAGUGGGAACUGAUUGCCAGCUGUGUCAUCGACUGCCCCAUCAACUGCAUCCUGUCAGAGUGGUCAGCCUGGACAGAGUGCUCGCACACGUGCGGGAACCAGGGUCAGAUGGUGCGAGCACGGAGCGUGCUCCAGCCGGCCCAUGAGGAGGGUCGUCCCUGCCCCUCCCAGCUCUCCCAGACCAAGCCCUGCCCCAUCAGGCCCUGCUACACCUGGCACCUUGGCGAGUGGUCUCCCUGCCGCGUGGAGGGUGCCGAGUGCGGAGAGGGCCUCCGGGUGAGGAACCUUUCCUGCAUGGUGCACUGGGGAGAAUGGCUGGACGCCUCCUCGCCCAAGCCGGUGGAGGACGAGAGGUGCGGCGACCGGCUGAGCAAAGAGAGCGAGCAGGAGCUGCAGCUGCCCUGCUUCGUGCCCUGCCCAGGUGACUGCCAUCUGACGGAGUGGUCCUCGUGGAGCUCAUGUCAGCUGACCUGCCUGGAGGGCCGGAGCUUCGAGACGGUCGGCCGGCAGGCGCGCUCCCGGGCCGUGGUCAUCCAGGUCCUGGAGAACCAGGAAAGCUGCCCACACCAGGUGUUUGAGACACGGCCCUGCAAAGGGGGAAAGUGCCACAGCUACGAGUGGAGGACCAGCGGAUGGAGAGACAAUGAGCGGUCGGUGUGGUGCCAGCGUUCCGACGGCGUCAAUGUCACAGGAGGGUGCUUCCCACAGAACCGGCCCACGACUGUGAGACACUGCCACCCCCCCUGCACCAAACCCUUCUCCCACUGCACACAGAGUGGCGUGUGCGGCUGCGAGAGGGGCUACACCGAGGUGAUGACCACUCACGGUUUCCUGGACUACUGCACCAAGACCCCGGGGGCCGACAACAAGAAGGCCGACGUCAAGACCAACUCGGGCCGACUGAAGCCCGGACCCUCGCAGAUCCAAGACUUCUUUGGCGAGUGGUCCCUGCGGCCGGUGGGACCAGAUGGAAGAAUCAAACUCUGGGUGUAUGGGGUGACCGCCGGUGGAUUCCUCCUCAUUUUGCUAAUCAUAUCAAUCUCCUUUUUGUUUUGCAGCCCCCCCAAACAGACUAAAAGCACUUGCCCACCACAGAAGCCUCUCACGCUUGCCUAUGACGGCGAUGUGGACAUGUGACCAGCGUGCCACCCUGAGCCCGGUCACCCCGCCAGAAGACAUGGUUUCAAACAUCACCUGUUCACACAGCCCCGCUGAGUCGCUAAGAACAGCAGGGAAAGAAAUGCUGAACAAGAUUCUU